AUGGCCUCAGCAAUUUCUUUAGCAUUGAAUUACUACAAUGAUUUGUUUCUUCAAAAAAGAGAUGAACGAAGUGUACAUUUGCCUAUGGCUGGAUCUCCGCUGUUGAUUUUGGGUAUAGUAGGUGUAUAUUUAUACUUUGUGCUUCGAUGCGGCCCUCGGCAUAUGGCAAAUCGUAAGCCGUACAAAUUAGGAACAAUAAUAAAGAGUUACAAUUUGGUGCAAGUGAUCGCAAAUGGCAUGCUUUUUCUCAGGAUAUGCUACAACGUUUUCAUAGUAUACGACAAGUUUUCCUUUGGCUGUCAAUUGAUCGAUUACUCGACAUCCAGAGUAGGAAUGGAUGAGAUGUAUUUCAGUUACGCAUAUUUCUGUCUUAAACUAUUCGACUUAGCUGAUACGGUGUUUUUUGUACUACGCAAGAAACAGUCGCACGUAUCCUUUUUGCAUGUGUAUCACCAUUCAUUAAUGGUCAUUACGACGUAUUGUGGCUUGGUAUUCGUACCAGGAGGGCAUGUGUUGAUGCUGGGAAUUUGGAAUACACUAGUUCAUGCAAUAAUGUACUUUUAUUAUUUCCUCGCAUCUCAAAGAUCAGGACAAAAUAGUAUAUGGUGGAAAAAAUAUCUCACUCGAUUACAGCUUGUUCAGUUUACUCAUUUAGCAUUCCAUUUCGGUCGUCCAUUAUUCAAUGGAAAUUGUACAUUUCCAUUGUUUUGGCUUUGGUAUGGAUUUCUACAAGCAAUUAUUGUACUUUUGCUGUUUUUGAAUUUUUAUUUUAAAGCAUAUCUUACGCACCCAAAAAUAAAAUGA